AUGAAGAAGUUUGGAGAUCUAAAAUCUCGUAUUCUUGAUGCUCAUCGCCGCCAGUACGAUGAGUUCGAACCCCCGCCUGGCUUUUUGCUGCAGCGUUCCGCAAAGAGUCUCCAGAAUUUUUUGGACGAUGCAUUUCACAAACAGGUGAACCCGGAACCCCUGGUCUUGGCAUUCGCACGAGACGAGAGGUAUAGCAAGAAUGCAAAUAUUAUUAAGAGAGCGAAUGUUGUACCGUUAUCACUAUAUGCAAGGGAAAUGGCUGGCAACCGUCUUGGGGGCCUUAGAGUUUAUCACCCAUAUACAACGACAUUCACGAGCAAUAGAGAGGACUUUUUAGAACCCAAGAUCGAAUGGACCAACUGUGCUGGUGAUAUUAUGACUAUCAGCUGGUUGCCGGAUGGGAGACGCUUCGUCUGCGGUACGACAACUCAUUCCGACUCACAUAACCAACAGUACAACAAGCCUGGCAACCUUCUAUUCGGUGAUGCAAAGUUAAACACAUUGAGAGCUUAUCCCGAUCACCGUAUCCCCCGUCCGCUCGUUGCGUACGGCGACAACUCCUUGGAAGCAAUGAGGGAAAGCCAAGACCCUUGGCUAUUUACGUCCGUAGUUUCGUCAGAUUAUGACCCCGUCUUUGACUUUGCAUUUACCUCGAGUUUCGACAAUACAGUCAAAGUCUGGCAUACGAGCGAAGGGACUAUAGCCCUUCGCGAGACAUGGUACCACGAGGGCCGCGUCAACUUUGUGGUGACGAAUAAAAAUAAGCAUGGUAGCAAGGUCGCCACAGCAGCCGAUGUUCCUACUAGAGCGGUACGGGUCUACUACGCAGAACGUAAUCCGUCGAGCAUGCUAUUGCAAGCUUAUAGGUAUAAAGAGUUCUCUUGCAAACGUGUACACGGUGAAGACUACGUCCCUUCGGAUAAAUGGGCUUACUUUCCAUCUGCGAUCCGCUGGGGAAUAGACUCGAGUGUGAACCAUCUACUACUGAUCGGUUACUCGCCAAGGAGUCUUAAUGACGAUGACAACGAGAUUCCGGAAGAGAAGCGCUCGACUGGAGAGCUCUGUUUAUGGGAUAUGAAUACAUUCACUGAAGUUAAGGUCAAUAGUGCAGCUACUUCAAAUGUAUUCGAGGUUGCGUGGCACCCUUAUCGGCCGAGCUUUGCCGCGGCGAUUUCAGCAUCUCAGACUUCCGAGAAACUCGAAGAGCAUAUUCGAACGCAAAUUCGCCUCUUCGAGUUGAACGAAGUGUCUGGCCAGUACGGCGUGGUGAAGACCCUCGAUUGCCCUGCCAUUGAUAUCAACGAGCUUGCGAUAAGGCCCAAUAGCAUUCUGUACUCGUACAUCGCCGCCGGCUGUACUGACGGGAAAGUCUACGUCUGGGACACAGCUGCGAGUAAGGAUCACCCGAUGUGCAUCCUCGAGCAUGGCGAUCCGGUUGAAGAAGUCCUCGGGGACAGGGAGCAGGAAGACGUUGGAGUCAAAUUUAUAGCGUGGGCUACAUCGCCCGACCGUCUAUAUACGGGCUCAUCCGACGGCGUCGUCAAGGUGUGGAAUAUCCGACAAGGAAAGGGAGAAUUGGUAAGAAAUCUCAUCGAAGUAGCCGCACCCAUUACCGCCGGCGCCUUUUCUCCGGAUUUUACAAAACUUCUUAUUGGAGAUGGGAGCGGACGAGUAUACCUAAUGGACAUGGAAGAUGAAGAUGGCGACGAAGAGAAGGACGAACAAGUCGGUUCGGCUGUCGCUUCUCCGGGGAUUUUGAACAUGCAGGUCAACGGCGAGCAACGCGCGAUUCGCCGGCCUCGCCCCUUCAUUCCUCACCCCGAAGUUCCCCCUCCAAACCAGCAAGGAGGCGCGGAGUAUUUGAACGAAUACCAACACCAACUAGGACAAAGAAGAGCGAAGGAAUACCUGGAAACGUCACGCUUGACCCUUCACGCCGAUCCUACCAUCGGCGCGGUCCAGGGCCCCGCGUACCCCGAAACCGGGCUCUACCGAGCAGAAGCUCACCUCGACGGAGACCCCCGGGGGCCGCUCCUAGCCGGCUUCGAGUGCCGGCAGCGAGAGAACCAGCUCUUCUCCCGGAGGAAUAGGAUCCGGAAGCAGCAAGGCGUGGGGGACUUGGCGUGGGGCUUGUAUGCCCACUCGCGCAACCUGCGCGUCGACGACGAGGUCGAGAUGUUGUUCGACGCGCGCACCCGCUCGGCGCUCGAGGCUGAGGGGGUGGAGAUGGGCGAGUCGUUGGUGGAGUUUGAGUAUGAGGAGGAGGAUGGGGAAGAUGCCUACGACGGGGAUGAGAAGUGA